AUAUACUGCAAUUUAUUUUGUGGUUUUACUUGCAAGUGGAAAAAAGGUAUGUGUGCUAAUGGAACCUGGUGGCUGGGGCUACAGCUGCAGAGAGAAGGGGGAUAUUUACUCUAUGCCAACAAUAUGUUCCUCUCAGUCUGUGAAAGACACAGGCAAAGGGAACGAGGGAGAAGGCAUCGUCUCAGAUCAACCAGCUGUGAUAAUGCGGACUGCAGUGCUACUCCUCUUAAUGGGAAUAGUGGAUCUGAGCAUCAGCCAGCGUUACAGCCAAUUCCAGUGGCUGUCCCAUCUGCGAGGGCGACGGCGGCAUGCUGGGUGGCAGGCUGCUGAUGUGGAUUGCCCCCUGGAGUGCGACUGCCCCUCUGCCUACCCUACAGCUAUGUACUGCCACAGCCGCCACCUUCAGCACGUUCCCUACGUCCCCUCACAUAUAAAGUACGUCUACCUGCAACGUAACCAGAUCACAGGCAUCCAGGAUGGGGUGUUUGACAACGCCACCAGUUUGAUCUGGGUUGUUUUGUUUCACAACCAGCUCAACUCAGACAAGAUUGGCAAGAACGUCUUCAGCAAGCUCAAGAACCUGGAUCGACUCUUGUUGGACCACAAUGAGCUUACCCGUGUGCCUCCCAACUUGCCCAAGGGCAUCGCAGACCUGCGACUCGGUCACAACAAGAUCUCCAAAAUCCUCUCCAACUCAUUCGAGGGGAUGGCCAACCUCACAACCCUUCAUCUCCAGGCAAAUGACCUAGAGGAUGUUGGAGGUUUGUUCAAGGGACUCAAGUCUCUGACCAUGCUGGAUAUGAGAAAAAACAAGCUGAGCAAAAUUCCCGACAACCUGCCUGGGAGGCUGCAGCAGCUCUACCUGGAGUUUAAUAACAUAGAGAGCGUGCCGGCAGACUUUCUCAAAAUGUAUCCCAAACUGCAGUUUGUCCGAUUGGCUCAUAAUAAGCUGACUGACAAAGGACUUCCAUCCAGGGUCUUCAAUAUCAGCACACUGGUUGAGCUCGACCUGUCCUUCAAUAAACUGGAGAGGAUCCCUGUGAUUAGUAGGAACCUGGAGAACCUUUACUUGCAAGCCAAUAAGAUCAAAGAGUUCUCCCUGGGCAGCUUCUGCAGUACUGCUGACAUGACAAACUUCUCCAAGCUGAAAAUGCUGCGGUUGGAUGCCAAUCAGAUCAGUGCCAAAGACAUUCCUGCCGAAGCUGCCUACUGUUUGCGGCAGGUUGCUUUUAUAGAUGUGUAGAGCUUCCUGAUCUCUCUCACCAACAUGUUAUCUGAAAUGCUUUUUUCAUCACACAUCGCAACAUUUUCCUUAUGUUGUUCACUGUACUUUCUAUUCAAACAUAAUUGUGAAGAAGUGUCGUUAAACUGUUAUUAGUAGCAAUUAAACAUUUCCCAUGUUAUUCAAGGGGAAAUAACACGAACCAGAUGACAGAGAGCGAUGAGAAAUGUCUCUAACACACACACACACACACACACACACACACACACAUAGACACAAAUAUAUAUAUAUGUAUAUAUGUUGUAGCUGAUGAACAUUAGCUCUGUUUGUGGCAUCAUCUGCGUAAAACUGACAGUAACCUGUGUGAGAAUCAGUUUGGAUCUUUGCCUCCACCAUGUGGCACAAGGUGAUAAAACAGCAAACUGAGCCGCAAUGAUUCUCAUUAAUACUUUUUUAGAAAAAUCAUCUUUUAACAUAUUCUCAGUAGAGGAUACUUAACAAUGUAUUUACAGUUUGAUAAUACUUGUUUUUCAAUGCAGUGAAUAAUUUUUAAUCAACAUUUGAGAUACUACGAAGUGUUUUUGUAACUGAUGAAACCUGUGUUCCUCUUCAAAGGAGCUUCUUAAUUAUUCAAAGCUAUGAUUGAAUCGCUGUGUUCUGUCUUCAUAGUCACUUCUAAGACUUUCUUUCUCCAAGGUGUAAUUUCUGAGCCAGCGUGCAUGUUACUGUAUUCCACAGAGAACUGUUUGUUUACCACAUUUGGACAACAAGCUAUUGUAAGGAUUGACACUACUUAGUGUGUUUCCAUUUUUCCAGAAGGUUAUGAGUUAUACAAUUUUUUGUCAAGCGAUUCUUUAUUUUUGGAAUCUGUACUGAUUAUUACAUCUGUGGAACACAAA